GAGUUUGGGAAGGAGAGGAGAGAGGAGAUGCAGUUUGGAGCCAUCAGUGGGUGCCCCAGCACCAGGCAAUGAGCACUGCAGCGCUGCCUCUGCUCUGUGGACUUCAGUCUGUGUUAAAGUCCUGCUGGGAGCCCACGAAGGAGUGGUUUUCCCACUGCCAGCAAUAGGAGCAGGAGCAGCCAGAUGUGGGGGAAGCGGAGAGCUGUGGCCCUUGGGGGAGAGGCAGGGAGGGCUUUUCCAGCUGCUCCCACUCUCUGCGCCUUGCAGGCAUCUCCCUGCAACCUUCUGCCCCCAUCCCACACAGCGAGGUGCAGGUUCUGCCCUCCCCAGCCCUCCUCUUCCCCAAGCUGAGUGCCCAGGGCUGAGCCCGGAUCUCCUGGCCCUGUGACUCACGCCCAGGUGAAAUCUGGCUCCGUGGCAGCUGACAAGCACUGCCCUGCAGGCACUGCAUCAGCAGCAGACGUGUCCCGAAGGAGCACCCGGUGCUCGCUGCCUUUGCCCCAGGAUUUAAAAGCCACUGAGCCCCCCGAGGGACCAUCCCAGCAUGUCCCGGCCACGGCAAAGCCGGGCUCUCAUCAUUGUCAACACCGAUUUCUGCAGCAGUGAUGGCGAUGUGGGGCUCAGGCCCCGCAGAGGAGCCAGGAGGGAAGCUGAGAAGCUCUCUCGUGUGCUGGCGCAGCUCAGCUACAGGGUGAAGCUGUUGCACAACAGGACGGCCAAGGAGAUGGAGGUCCUCUACCAGCAAGAAUGCAGCCGUGAGCACGGGGAUUACUUCGUGAGCAUCAUCUCCAGCCAUGGGGAGGAGGGGGCCGUGUUGGGCUGUGACUGCAGACCGCUCCGGCUCAGCCGCAUCUUCCACAUCUUGUCGGCACAGAACUGCCCAGUGCUCGCAGAGAGACCCAAAGUCUUCUUCAUCCAGGCAUGUCGGGGGGCUGCGCUGGACCAGGGGGUUUUUGUGGAGACUGACAGUGGGCAGCCGGAGCCAGACAGCUUCUCGGAGUACCUGCACAUCCCCCCCAACACCGCUGUGAUGUUCGCCUGCAGUCCUGGCUACGGGGCCUUCCUGAACCCCGCGGGAUCCAUGUUCCUGCAGGCCCUGCUGGCGGCGCUGGCCGGGGAGGAGCGCAGCCUGGCCCUGAGCCGCAUGGCCACCCGCCUCAACGCGGCCGUAGCCCUGGGCUGCCAGGCCCGCGGUGCCUACGAGGGCUGCAAGCAGAUGCCCUGCUUCGUCACCAACCUCCCGUGGGACGUCUUCCCCUUCUCGGCUGCGGGUGAAGCCCUUCCCAGCACAGACAUGCAGGGAGGGAUGGAGGAGGAGGAGGAGGAGCGGCAGAAGCCCGCAGCCUCUUAGGGGGAAAAGGAGAAACGCAACCGAAACCCCGGCAGAAAGGUGCCCUGGGGUGCUGGAGCUGCCCAGGGUAUGAGGAAAUUCUAGGGUGCGUCGUUCCCCAUCACGACGUAUUGGGAUGGAUGUCACCCUGCCGCCCCACGGCAGCCCGGGCUGUGGCUACGCAGUGCUCCAGCAGCGCCCAGAUCCCCUCUGUCCCCUUCGUGAAUGAGCCCCAGUGCUGUGAACCCCACCUUAUCGAUCUGUUAUCCAAGUGACCCUGCACAGGCCACAAAACACAGGCUUUUUUUCUGAGAGAGGAAAGGCUGAUGUUUGCCUGCCUGGUGCCCUGCCCGCAAGGAAAACACUGCACUGGUGUAAAGAUGGCAGCAGUUUGUCCUUACUUCAUUCGAAACUUAAAGAAUAAACAGAGACCAAUGGUCAGACCCAGCGGGUUGACUCAGACCAGGAGUCAGGGCAUGGCUUUGGGAACGUCCACCAAGGCAGACCUCAGCUCACGACCAAAAGCUGCAUCUUUGUGAACCUCCUCCUGCUGUGGGGAAGGGGAGGGUGAUGGGCUGGGACACCCUGUGGCCCCCGUGCUUUUGCUCAAGGCUGGGUCUUCCCCUUGUCUCUAGCACCACAAACGAGCACAACGAAGCAGCACCUGCACGGCUCACCUGUGUGCUCACCCAUUAAAUCUGCAUCACCUCCACCCCGAGAGCCUCUCAGACAAACAGCGCUCACGUUGGUAUUUCUCAACCCUGAGCAACACAGCUCCGAUAGGCAGAGCCCUACCCUGCUCUGUAGAUAACUUUGGGCUCAACUAGCAGGACUUUGGACCCUCAGCAGACAGGUGGUACCACUGCCCUGACCGCCCCAUGCUCCAGGGUGCUCACAUCACUGCCUCUCGUUGGGGGACCUCCUGAGCUGCUCCCUCCCUAUGCACUUGCUCUGCCUGUAAGAAGAAAACAGUUUGGAGACUCCUACAGCACUCCCAGGUCAGAGUGAAGCUGGGCAUUGGGCUUAGAGUUGUUGGAGGAGUGCAAUUCUUGCUUCUCUGGGAAAUGACACUGAAGAUGCACAGCAAUGCUUCCACCCCUUGUAGGAAGGCUCCAAAGAGCACUCCAGCCCAACACACAAUCAGUUUUCAUUUUCAAUCUCCUGCUUUCACCAUUCUGCCUCCCCCAGGCUCUCAGUGACCCAGUCAAGAGGGAGA